AUGAGUGCUGGAUCACAACGUUUUCUCAAGUGGCGUGAGCAACGAGGCGGAAGGAAUACGCUUGAGCGGCGGGCUGAAAACAAAACAGCCGAUCCGGUCAGUGUCAGUGUAUCGCAAUACUGGGAAGGCAACGACGGACCUUGGUCGUCCUUUGCGAUCCAAGUUGGCAAGAAAGCGCAGGACGUUCGCGUUCUCCCAAGCACAGCCUCCCCGAACACGUGGGUCGUUUAUGGUGAAGGCUGCCCCAGAGAUGCGCCUAACAACUGCGCGGAUUCCCGGGGAGGCACCUUCAACAACAACAAUUCGCUUACCUGGAUUCCGAAUUCCAUCUUCGAACUUGGUGUUGAAGAAAACCUUGACUAUAAUGUCUUUGGGGACUUCGGAUUCGACACAGUAACUUUGGGCUGGCAAGGCUCGAACGGACCAUCUGUAGAGCAUUCUGUUGUCGCAGGUAUAGCAGACACAACCUUUACGUGGAUGGGAGUGCUGGGGUUAAAUCCGCGCCCAACCAACUUCUCAACAUUUCCGAAUAGCCCCCAACCAAGCUUGGUGCAGCUGUUGAAAGACCAAAACUCUAUUCCAAGUUUAACAUGGGCUUAUACGGCGGGGGCACCGUAUAGAUUGAACAAAGUCUUUGGCUCACUCACACUCGGUGGCUAUGACCAAGCUCGCUUCAACAGACCAUCCAAAACUGCUCAGAAUCUCACCUUCCCCUUCUACACAGACAUAUCCCGGGACCUUCUCGUCGGCGUCUCUUCGAUAAGAACAAGCAACACCACAUCGUCGUCCUCAGAGUCUGCAUUACUAAAGGAUGGAAUCUUCGCGUUGAUCGAUUCAACAGUUCCCCACCUCUGGCUGCCACAGUCGGUGUGUGAAGCUUUUGAAGUUGCAUUCGGGUUGACGUGGAAUUCAACCUCUGAGUUGUAUACGCUGAAUGCAACACAACACUCCACACUAUCAAAACUUAAUCCAACAGUCACUUUUGAGUUGUCACCGGAACUCCCAAUAUCAGGUGACAAGUCAAUAUCAAUAGCGUUUCCUUAUGCGGCAUUCGACCUGAAUGUAUCGUGGCCAUAUACUCAAGAUACAAUGCGUUAUUUUCCCCUGAAACGCGCAUCGAACGACACGCAGUACACCCUGGGACGCGCAUUCUUACAGGAGGCUUAUAUCAUUGCAGAUUAUGAACGUCAGAACUUUUCGGUGUGGCCAUGCAAAUGGGACUCCGACACCACCAACGGAAAUAUCAUUGCCAUUUCAUCUAAAGACGUAGAAACGAAUACUUCUAAUUCUGACGGAAGCAAUGGCAGCAACGGCAACAAUGACUCUUCACAUUCGCCUCCAGUUAAUGGAAUAGGCGCUGGGGCAAUUGCUGGCAUAGUAAUAGGCGUCGUGGUCAUUGUUGCAGUUAUCGCUGCAUGGCUGUUCUGGAGACGAAGAAAUCGCAAGUCAAAAGCCUCGGAGCUUGAAGGAAAUCAAGCGGAUGUCGCCCACGCACAUAAGCCAAUAAACGCCACCCUUGUUGAAGCGCCCCAAGACCUCGGCGUGAUGGAAGCUCCAACGAAUGACAAGCGAUUCGCACCUCCGCCGGAGGAGCUCCAAGGUUCUAAAGUAGCACGCGGUGGCGAGCUGGAUUCGACCCCAAGACAUGAAAUGGUUGGCCAAGACGGUUUCCCCCUUUACAGCGCUCAGGAAGGAUGGGGAACUGGCAUUGAUGGGCUGCACGAAGCUGAUGGAAGGAACUUGACUAUCCAUGAGGCCGACGCGGGAGAGAAGGGAACUACGACACAGAAAAUGCCUGCAACAUAUGCAGACUCAGGGCAGAAGCUUGCACACUACAAGUCACCAGGAGCAACGGCUGGGCCGGUACCUGCCUGGUCUGAUCUACCAUCAGAGUCGGGAGGGACGCACCGGUAG